GUAGGAGUCUUGCACCUUAAGAGCCCGCCUUUUCCGACAAAUAAAGGUCGUAGCCGCCGAAUCCACGGGCGGAGCUAAAUUUAUCACGAUUAAUGCUGUCGUAGGACCACCCAAAGUGGAGCCCCACGUAGCAAGAAGAUGACCCGAAGUUGCUCGGCAGUUGGCUGCAGCACCCGGGACACCGUGCUGAGCCGGGAGCGCGGCCUCUCCUUCCACCAAUUUCCAACUGAUACCAUACAGCGCUCAAAAUGGAUCAGGGCUGUUAAUCGUGUGGACCCCAGAAGCAAAAAGAUUUGGAUCCCAGGACCAGGUGCUAUACUAUGUUCCAAACAUUUUCAAGAAAGUGACUUUGAGUCAUAUGGCAUAAGAAGAAAGCUGAAAAAAGGAGCUGUGCCUUCUGUUUCUCUAUACAAGGUUCUUCAAGGUGUACACCUUAAAGGUAAAGCAAAACAGAAAAUCCUAAAACAGCCACUUCCUGAUAAUUCUCAAGAGGUUGCUACUGAGGACCACAACUACAGUUUAAAGAGACCUCUGACAAUUGGUGCAGAGAAACUGGCUGAGGUGCAACAGAUGCUACAAGUGUCCAAAAGAAGACUGGUUUCUGUGAAAAACUACAGGAUGAUCAAGAAGAGAAAGGGCUUACGACUAAUUGAUGCACUUGUCGAAGAGAAACUACUUUCUGAAGAAACAGAGUGUCUGCUACGAGCACAGUUUUCAGAUUUUAAGUGGGAAUUGUAUAACUGGAGAGAAACAGCUGAGUACUCCACAGAAAUGAAACAGUUUGCAUGUACACUCUACUUGUGCAGUAGCAAAGUCUAUGAUUAUGUAAGAAAGAUUCUCAAGCUGCCUCAUUCUUCCAUCCUCAGGACAUGGUUAUCCAAAUGCAAACCCAGUCCAGGCUUCAACAGCAACAUUUUUUCUUUUCUUCAGCGAAGAGUAGAGAACGGAGACCAGCUCUACCAGUAUUGUUCACUGAUAAUAAAAGGCGUAUCUCUCAAGCAACAACUUCAGUGGGACCCCAGCAGUCACCAUUUGCAAGGGUUUAUGGACUUUGGCCUCGGCAUACUUGAUGCUGAUGAAACGCCUCUUGCGUCCGAAACUAUUUUGUUAAUGGCCGUGGGUAUUUCUGGUCACUGGAGAACACCUCUUGGUUAUUUUUUUGUUAACAGGGCAUCUGGAUAUUUGCAGGCUCAGCUGCUUCGUCUUACCAUUGGCAAACUAAGUGACAUAGGGAUCACGGUUUUGGCCGUCACCUCUGAUGCUACAGCUCACAGCGUUCAGAUGGCAAAAGCGUUGGGAAUACAUAUUGACGGAGACAACAUGAAGUGUACAUUUCAGCAUCCCUCAUCUUCUAGUCAACAGAUUGCAUACUUCUUUGAUUCUUGCCACUUGCUCAGAUUAAUAAGAAAUGCAUUUCAGAAUUUUCAAAGCAUUCAGUUUAUUAAUGGCACAGCACAUUGGCAGCACCUUGUGGACUUAGUAGCCCUGGGGGACCAGGAAUUAGCAAACAUAGAAAGACUCCCAAGAAAACUUGCAAAUUUGAAAAACCACGUGCUGAAGACGAACUGUGCUGCCCAACUGUUCAGUGAGAGUGUGGCCAGCGCGUUGGAGUGCUUGCUAUCGUUAGGCCUGCCUCCUUUUCAAAACUGUAUUGGUACCGUCCAUUUUUUACGCUUAAUUAACAACCUGUUUGACAUUUUUAAUAGUAGGAACUGUUAUGGAAAGGGACUUAAAGGACCUCUACUGCCUGAAACUUAUAGUAAAAUUAAUCGCGUGUUAAUUGAAGCCAAGACAAUCUUUGUUACAUUAUCUGACGCUAGCAAUAAUCAAAUAAUUAAAGGUAAGCGAAAACUAGGAUUCCUGGGAUUUUUGCUUAAUGCUGAGAGCCUAAAAUGGCUCUAUCAGAAUUACGUUUUCCCAAAGGUCAUGCCUUUUCCGUACCUUCUGACUUAUAAAUUCAGUCAAGAUCAUCUGGAAUUAUUUCUCAAGACGCUUAGACAGGUAUUAGUAACCGGUUCUAACCCUACCUGUAUGGCAUUCCAGAAAGCUUACCAUAAGUUGGAGACCAGAUACAGAUCACAAGACGAAGCCUUUCUAAGUGAAGUAAGCAUCCUUGACAUUUCAGUUGCUCGAAGGACAGACUUGGCCCUUUGGACCGUUCAGCGUCAGUAUGGCGUCAGCGUCAUAAAGACUCUUUUUCACAAAGAGGAUAUUUGCCGAGACUGGUCUAAUUGUUCGCUAAGUGAGGCGUUACUAGAUCUGUCAGAUCACAGGCAAAAACUCAUCUGUUGUGCCAGUUAUGUUGCAAAUAAGUUAUCAGCUCUUUUAACUUGUGAGGAGUGCAUCAGUGCACUGUAUGCAUCAGAUCUCAAGGUUGCUAAAAUUGGGUCACUGUUGUGUGUUAAAAAGAAGAAUGGUUUACAUUUCCCUUCACAAAGUCUUUGUCAAGUCAUAAAUAUUUGUGAGCGAGUUGUAAGAACCCAUUCAAGAAUGACAGUCUAUGAACUACUUCCUAAACAGAGAGAAUUGUAUCUUCAGCAGAAAAUAUUAUGUGAGCUUUCUGGGCAUAUUUAUCUUUUUGUAGAUUUAGAUGAGCAUCUCUUUGACGGAGAAGUGUGUGCCAUCAAUCACUUUGUAAAGUUACUAAAGGAUAUAAUAAUCUGUUUCUUAAAGAUCAGAGGUAAAGAUGCAGCUCAGUACCCUUUAAAACACCAUUCAGAAAGAAUUGAAAUGAAAACUUUGCCAAGAAUACACUGGUCAUCAUUACAGGAUUACAGAUGUUCAAGUUUUGCUAAUACCAAUAAAUGCAGUCAUUUGUUAAGUAAUGAUGGAUAUCCAUUCAAAUGAGGGACCUAAAAUAUAUUAAAAUUUUCAUGAAAAAUUAUUGGUCAACAUUUAAAGUUCAACCUACCAUAUUUUAUAAAUUGACCAUUCUGCACAGUUGACAAGUUUGUAAUACUAGGAUUUCUAAUUAUGCGUAUUAUAAAAUCUGCUUGUACUUGGUAUGGUUUGCAACAUUUCAGUUACUCGGAAUGUAGAACGCAGUUAAGUCAGUAGGAACAGACCAGCCAACAGAUGCUGCCUUUGAAUAUACUACUAUAAGACUGAGUAGUAUGACUGGACAUACUUUUUAACUUGUUCAGUCUACUUUAAAACAAGAGAGAAUAACAACAACUAAGAGUCAUUAAAACAUUGACUUCUUUUAUAAAUAGACUACAUUCCCUAAAAGAGCUUUGGUUUACAGCUCUUAAGAAUGUUGACAGGAAAAAAAAAAAAAAAAGAAAAAGGAAUAUAAAACCUUGGAUGUAAUUUUUACUUACAUGUGAAAAUCUAGAUGUGGUUUGAAAAUUAGGCUGAGUUAAAAUAUCAAAUACCACAAAAUCCCUUUGCCAGGGUACCCUAAAAUGGAAAUACUUAGGCUUUAUCGGGCAGAAGGUAAGCACAUGAGCCAUGAGAUGGUUCCGUGUGCUGCAACGAAGUUGGGGAAUGUAGUCUGAGAAGUAAAUAGGAGAUGUCAUUUUCACAAUCCAUUGUCCUUGGACUUCAAAAUACUACUUUUGAAUAAUAGAGUGGAUACUUACUUGACUCCACUGGAAGAGCCCGAUGCUCAUCAGAGAAUGAGGAGAAGCCUUAUUUCAAGCUCUUCUGAAGUGUCGUGUUUUGCAGGGAGGCUGAAAUAUAUUUUCAGUGUUGAAUGAAUAAAGGGACUUCACACCAUCCAAUUAAUAAAUUAGAAAAAGAUGGGCAGUUGAGACAGUGGUUAUGAAAAUAUUUGUCUUAAUUAUAUGAUUAGUUUUUUCAGAAAUUUAGGAGAAGCUUAAAUGAUCUGAAGAUGGAAACAUACCUAAGGACAAUUUUCUCUAUUCUGUCACACCCAGACUUGAAAAGAUGAGUAGAAAAAUGUAGGUAUAUGUUGUACUUUCACAUAUGAGGAGUGUUUUAAAUGGAUAAAAGAAGAAACAAGCGCAUGAUUCCCCUAUGUGUGUAAAACAUCUACUCUUUGUAUGUGAAUAGUCAUGAAGUAUAAUUAAUAUGAAAACUUAAAAUUGCAAAAGAUUAAUGACUAGGCAAAACUUGAGUUUUAUUAACUGAAAUUCUCCUUAAAUUAUAUAUUUUGAUAUAUUUGUUUUGUUCUACCUCAAACAAAGGUUUAAGUUUGGAGAUGUAACCAGAGUUGUACUAAAUUUUAUGUAAGAGCUAUCGCUGAGAAGUCUCAAUAGUGUGGGUUGUAUUUGCAAUAGAAUUUUAGAUACACCAGGAUGAAUCUUAUUUAAAAGAAUCCUACUUGCAAAUCACCACCUUUAACUUAUUGCUUAUAUAAAUCCAAGUUUUGUCCAGAUCUUUACUUAAAACUAGGUUUAUGUCUGUAGGUGUCUCAUGUUCUUUGCUGUUGCAUUUUACUAAUGUACUAGUAUAUUCUGUAGUUUAGUGUUUUGCACUAUUUCUUUGAGUGCUGGAUAAAUUGGACAAAUAUUCACAACAGGAAUAUUUCCUUUACUGCCUUUUUAAAAUUUUUUUAACGUUUUUAUUCAUUUUUGAGAGACAGAGUGUGAGCAGGGAGGGGCAGAGGGAGGGAGGGAGACACAGAAUCCAAAGUAGGCUCCAGGCUCUGAGCUGUCAGCACAGAGCCCGACGCAGGGCCUGAACCCAUGAACUGUAAGAUCGUGACCUGAGCUGAAGUCCGACCCUUAACUGACUGAACCACCCAGGCACCUCUCCUUCACUGCCUUUAACAGUUAAUUGCUCUUGCCUUAGUGAAAGUAUUUCAAGUCUGAUACCAAGUUUACUUAACAUGAUAUGCUUUAUGGCAAAUUUUUAAAAUAAAUUAUUCAUAUUUGAUGAGGGUAAUUUACUUUAUAAUUUCCACUUAGCACCUUUGUCCUUUUUUCGUCAGAGAAAAACAUUCUCUUUAGAAAUUUAUCCUUCCUACAUUUCAACACAUAGAGCAGGAACAACUGGAUAUCCACAUGCAAAAGUAUUAACUCUAAAUGGGUCAAAGACCUAAAUGUAAUAGGUAAAAAUAUAAAACUCUUAGAAGAGAGCAAAUCUUUGAGACUUAGAUCAGGCAAUAGUUUCUUAAAUAUCACACCAAAAACAACAACAAAAUAUAAAUUGGACUUCACCAAAAAAACUACAAAAAAACUUUUACUUCGGAGGACACUGUCAAGAGACAACCCACAGAAUGGGAGAAAAUUUUUACUACUCACACAUCUGAUAAAGGACUUGUAUCUAGGAUAUACAAAGAACUCCUAUAACUCAAUAAUGAAGGACAAAUAACCCAGUUUGAAAAAUGGGUAAAGAAUGUAAAUAGACACUCUUCAGAGGAGAUAAUACAAAUGGCCUAUAAAAACAUGAAUAUGUGCCCAACAUCAUAAACCAUCUGGGAAAUGCAAAUCAAAACCACACUGAGGUAUCACUUUACACCCACUAGGAUGGUUAUAGUAAGAAAGUUAAUAGCAAGUGUUGACAAGAAUGUGGAGAAAUUGAAACCCUCUUACACUGUUGGUGGGAAUGCAGAUGCUUUGGAAAACAGCUUGGCAGCUCUUCAAAAGGUUGAACAGAGUUACCAUAUCACCUAGCAGUUCUACUGACAGGCAUAUAUAGAAUAUACCCAAGAGAAGUAAAAACAUGUCCAUGUAAAAAUUUGUACACAAAUUUCAUAUUAUUAUAGCUACAAAGUGAAAAAACCUAAAUGUCCAACUGAUGGAUAAAUAAAAAUAUGUUGUAUCCAUCCAAUGGGUAACAUAGUAAGUAUAUAUUAUGCUUAAUGACAAACUGCCAGAACUCUUUUUGUGAAAUAACUUCACCACUCUGCAUUCCAAUCAGGAAAUGUAUGAAACUUCCAGUUCCUCUCCUUUCUUCCCAGUACUUGGUAUGGCCAGGGUUUAGUUUUGAAUUAGCCAUUCUAAUAGGUGUGCAGUAAUAUUUCACUGUGGCUUUCAUUUCCAUUUUCCUAAUGGCUAAUGAUGCUGAGCAUCUUUUCAUAGGAUUAUUUGCCAUCCACAUAAUCUUAGGUGAAAGGUCUGUUGAAGUCUUUUGCCCCUCUUUUGGAAGGUUGGUUUUUUUUAUUGAGUGUUAAUUAUAUAUUCUGGAUAGAAGUGCAUUAUCUAAUGUGUUUUGCAAAUAUUUUCUGCCAGUCUGUGGCUUUUCUUACUGUGUUUUGAAGAGCAGACAUUAAUUUUGAAAAAUGCAUUUUAUCAGUUUUUAUCUUCUAGGGAUACUUCUUAGUUUCAUAUCUAAGAAAACGUUGCCUAACCCAAAGCCACAGAUUUUUCUUCUCAUGUUAUCUUCUAGGUAUUUGGUCGCUUUAGGGUUUUCAUUUUUAGGUUAUGAUCCAUUUUCAGUUCAUUCUGGUCUUUGGUAGAAGUUGAGAUUCAUAUUUUAUAUAUGGAUAUCCCAGCAGUGUUUGUUAAAAAGAUUAUUGUUCCCCGAAUUACCUUUGAGCCUUUGUAAGAAAUUGACCACAUAUAUAUGGGUCUACUUCUGGGCUCUGUUCUGUUCUAUUGAUCCAUUGGUCUAACAUUUCACCAGUACCACAAGUGACCUGAUGAGCCUUAUAUGAGCCUUGAAGUCAAGUAGGAGUUUCACCUUUGUUCGUUAUUCAGAAAUGUUUGGCUGUUCUAAUUGUACCUUUCUCUAUAUAUUGUUUAAUCAGCUUGUUGAUUUUUUACAAAGAUUCCUGCUGGGAUUUUGGCUGGAGCUUUGGCAAAUCUAAAGAUCAAUUUGGAGAGAAGUGAUAUCUUCAUAGUAUCGAAUGUUCCAAUUCACAAACAUGGUAGAUCUCUCCUUUUUUAAGGUCUUCUCUGAUUUUAUCAAUGUUUUCUACACUUCACCUACAGAUCUUGUAUAUAUCUGUUACAUUUCACAUUUUGUGGUGCUAUGCUAAUUGUAAAAAUUUGUUUCUAAAUGUUCGUUGCUACUAUGUAAAAAUACAAUUUUACAUAUUGACUUUGCUUAAACUCA